AAACAAUAGUAGUGCAUGCUCAAAUGUUUUCACAUUAAAAUCUUCACCCUUCUAUAUAAGACCCCGUUCAUCAUACACAUAUUUUGCAAUGGAAGUUAUCGACAUCACACACACAUAUUAUCCACUGCAUUGGAUUAUUACGGAAUUGAGCUUAGAGAAAUUCAAGAGAUAACAAAUAAAAAAAUAUACCCUCAUUCCUCAUUAUUCAUCAGAUAUAUAUCAUCUUUGAAGCAAACUUGUGAUUCAACAUUGUUACAAAAAAAGCUCAUGAUGAGUCUAAUUCAUAGAUUUUUUAUCCUAUGGAUUAUUACAAUGACACUUUUGAUACAUAAUUUGAGUAAUGUGGAAGGAAGAUACCACCAUCACAAGAAACAAAAGAAAAUUUCCCCUGCACCAAGUGAACCUUCACCCCCUAUUCAAUCUCCUACACCUCCUAGUGUUCCUUCUGAUCCAUAUCCAAAUGAUCCUGGUGAAUCACCUUCUUCUGAAUGCAUUUUUGAUGUGAGGUCUUUUGGAGCUGUUGGAGAUGGUGAAGCUGAUGAUACAGCUGCAUUUAGAGCAGCUUGGAAAGCUGCUUGUUCAGUUGAUUCAGGAGUUCUUUUUGCUCCUCAAAAUUACUGUUUUAAGAUUACUUCUACUAUCUUUUCAGGUCCAUGCAAACCAGGACUUGUAUUUCAAAUAGAUGGUACUUUGAUGGCACCAGAUGGACCAGAUUGUUGGCCUGAGAAAGAUAGUCGAAAUCAAUGGCUUGUGUUUUAUAGACUUGAUCAAAUGACUCUAAAUGGAACAGGAACUAUUGAAGGCAAUGGAGAACAAUGGUGGGAUCUUCCUUGCAAACCUCACAGGGGUCCUAAUGGAAACUCUAUAUCAGGACCAUGUGAGAGCCCUACGAUGAUAAGGUUCUUCAUGAGCUCAAAUUUGGUGCUAAGUGGGUUGAAAAUACAAAAUAGUCCUCAAUUCCAUGUGAAAUUUGAUGGUUGUGAAGGAGUACUCAUCGAUAAAUUGUCCAUUUCUGCACCUAAACUUAGUCCCAAUACUGAUGGGAUCCACUUAGGAAACACAAGGGAUGUUGGAAUUUAUAAUUCCUUGAUAAGCAAUGGUGAUGACUGCAUUUCAAUUGGUCCUGGGUGCUCAGAUGUGAAUGUGGAGGGUGUUACUUGUGCUCCUACCCACGGAAUUAGCAUUGGAAGCCUAGGAGUACACAAUUCCCGUGCAUGUGUCUCAAACUUAACAGUUCGCAAUUCAAUCAUAAAAGAAUCAGACAAUGGACUAAGGAUCAAGACAUGGCAGGGUGGAACAGGCUCAGUAACAGACUUAACAUUUGAGAACAUCCAAAUGGAGAAUGUCAGAAACUGCAUCAUCAUAGACCAAUACUAUUGUUUAUCAAAAGAGUGUACAAAUCAAACAUCAGCUGUAUAUGUAAACAAUGUGUCCUACAAAAACAUAAAGGGUACUUAUGAUGUUAGAACACCUCCUAUACACUUUGCUUGUAGUGAUAGUGUUGCUUGCACCAACAUAACACUCUCUGAUGUUGAGCUUUUGCCUUAUGAAGGGGCAUUGUUAGAUGACCCUUUUUGUUGGAAUGCUUAUGGAAGACAAGAGACUAUGACUAUACCUCCACUUGAUUGUUUGAGAGAAGGUGAACCCGAGACAGUUGUCGAGUCCUCUGAAUACGAAUGCGCUUGAGAUGUUAUGGUUUUAAAUUGCAGUUAUAGUUACGUUGGUAAAAUGUGGAGAUUGUGACGGAUGCAGCUACAAUUAAUGUGGUUGUGAUACCAUUGCAGAACUUUCUAAAAUUGUUAUAUUGAAGUUACAAUUACAUUUGCUUUAUAUUAUAGUUGCUGGUAGCCUAGUAAUAUAUAUAUGGAAGGUAUAUCAUAUAGUACAUGUAUAGAGAGAUUGUUUAAGGGUUGUGUUUGUGGCCUAGUAUUAUGUAUGUAGUAUUUAGGAUUCGUCCCUAUUUGGGGUAUGUUACUCCCGUAUUGUGUGAUGAAAUAUAGAAUAUAGUCUAUUUUGGGACCUACAUUGUAAUAGCUUGAUUGGUUUUUUAUAUAUAAGAUUUCAAAAAUCA